ACAACCACAAUGUGCAGCCGCAGUGUCAGGAAGGGAAGUGGUUUUGAUAGACUCCUGAAGUGACUCAACUACACAGUGUUUUCGCAAGGAUUGUAACUGCAGCCCUUCUUACGCUCAGACAGCAAAAAUACGUUAAAAGUCGAACAUAAAAACGGAAAAGCGUCGAGCAACAGAUCAGUGGAAGAACAACAGGAACAGGAUUGUCUCCACCUGGAAGGAUGAGAUCUAUUGCAGUUGCUGUCUUAUUUUGUGCUGGAUUUUUCCACUUGUCAUCAGUGUUUGCACAUCCUCGGGGAGAAUGGACGAGUCUCAUCAUCACCCAACACUGGCCACAGGCAUUUUGCAGUUUGGAACAUUGUAAAACAAAUAUCAGCUAUUGGACUUUGCAUGGAUUAUGGCCCAACACUGGCAUUAUGUGCAACACAUCCUGGCAUUUUAAUGCCAGUUUGAUUAAGGAUAUAAUGCCAGAAAUGGAGAAGUUCUGGCCAGAUCUGCUCAAACCUUCAUCUCCAAAAUUUUGGAAAUAUGAAUGGCUGAAACAUGGAACUUGUGCUGCGAAAGCAGAGUCACUGAACAGUCAACAUAAAUACUUCAGCAAAGCCCUUGAGCUGUACCACAAAUUUGACCUUAAUAGUGUUUUAGGGAACAACAAAAUUGUGCCCUCUGAAGAGCACUACACGUUUGAUGUUAUAGAGACAGCCAUUGCCAGCUUCUAUGGAGUCAAGCCAAAGAUUCAGUGCAUCCACCCACAAAAGGGAGGCCAGUUUCAGACUUUGGGCCAAAUUGAGAUAUGUGUUGACCGGGAUUUCCAGCUGAUCGACUGUGAAAAGUCGAUUAAAGAGAUCUGGAGCAAUGAGAUCCUGUCUGGGUCUUUGAGUGGCCAGUCAGUCCUCAGCGUGUGUGAUCACUCCAUGCCAGUUUAUUACCCUCCAGUGCCGAGCACAUCACACAGGUGGUAAACUCGAGACCUCUUGUGUCAAUGAGCGAUAGGACAAGAAUUUACCUCAGAAUCAUUUUUUCCUAAUUACACUAUUUGAUGCAUCCUUUAAAUUAAUUACAUGCUUAAUUUUCUUGUUGUUUGAAUAAUUGCAUGCUGGAGCAAAUUUACUGAAAAUCAAAGGGUAAUUAAUUCACAGACUGCUGUUUUUAUUAUUGUUUUAAUUACUAAAUUCAUUUUUAUUUACGGCUUUAUACAGUUAUGUAUCUUGCCAAACUGUUAACGUGUGUGUGUGUGUGAGAGAGAGAGAUUAUUACAGCAGUGCAUUGACAUUUUAUUAAGAUUUGCAGUGAGAUUCUCAUAGCAUUUUCAUUACAGUAACUCUUGUUGAUGAGAACAAAAAAAUAAAUUUUUUGCAUCACUAUAAAUUAUCUUAAGAGGAAAAUUUGCUUAGUUGUCAUGAAAAUAAUGUCAUUUUCUUUAUGCAAAAUAUGAUUUCUUUAUUCAUCCUUUUGAUUUUGGGGUGAAAUAUUACAUGGACAUGUUCUUGAUAGGGUUUUCUUUAUAGAUCUACUUGAACUUUCUACUUGAAGUUCCUUUAUAAUUACAUUUUAUUGGUUUUAUUUUUUACAGCUUUUACCGUUUUUGACAAAACAUGCCCUCGAGAGUUUGCUAUGUUCUGUUUUCUAUGUAUUUUAUUUGAUACAUUUUAUAUUACUUUUAGCAUUAAAAGAAACUGUUAAAACUCUAAUGUGGAAUGUUUAUGUGUAAAAUUUGUAGCAGGUUUUGAGUUUUGGGACUAUGAUAGGCUGCUAUUGCAAAGUGCACAUUCAGGCCACUUGAGGGCAGCGAUGUUUUUAUCAAGUUUUUCACUGCAACACCAAUUUCCUACAAGGAGACAGGUUGCACAGCCUGUGAAUAUUUUGCACACAAUGUGCAGUUAAAUACAUUGUCUUUCUGUAUUUUUAACAAGUGUUUUUAAAAAAGAUAUCUGAUACUUAUCUGGAUUAUGUCAGGUCUUGGCAUUUGAUAUUGAUUUGGCAGUGUUAGUUUUUAACCUGCAUGAAAGUUGAUUAUUAGUCUAACUGAACUUAACAUGUCAAAUAUAUCCCUUAUCUUUGUAUUUGGCAUUUACAUAUCUAUUGCUGGUGAUUUUUUUUUAUUUUUUUUUUUAUAUAAAGACACAUAUGUUUAUAUCUUUCUGAAGUAUAGUAUGUGAUAAAUGUCUGAAAUCAUUAAAAUAUUCAUAUGUUUUAUUGAAAAUUUUUUUCUCUUUUCUCACAUGCAUCUACAUGUAGGGAAGUACACAUUGUGUAUAUAUAGAGAGAGUAUUAUUAUAAUUUAUUUGUAAACUGUAUUUAUAUUAAAGCAAUAUCACACAAGCAAGAGUGUUUUAUGUCCAGCUAUCAACACGACAGGCCGAGUGCUGCAGUUAAUCAUAGCCAUGGUGAUAGAUGGACAAUACAGCAUGAUUGCGAGCAUGAUAUUGUUUUUAUAAAACGGUUCAAUGAACAAGUUAAUAAAUAAGUAGGGGAAAACUAAGGACUGUCCCAAAUAAAUUAUCUUGUGUCCGGAACUUCUUUCUUAUGCCACAGUAUCUGCCGUAGCUAGUUCGAACAUGCGCCUAAACCUCCAUUACUAGUUCAAAAACCCACACUUUUCUAAUUCAGAAAAAAGGACGUGUUUGUGUAUGAGUGAGAGAUGGUGACUGAGCGUGUGAUUGCCUGUGACCGUUGCAGUGAUGAACAGUAAUGCUGCAACUUUUAGUUUAACUCUAUUCCUCAGCUGUAGUGUUGUAGUAAUCCACUCAGAUCGUGGAGUGAUGCUGCCAUACGUGCUAUCUUGAGUUAUCCUACGAGUAUUUCACACACGUUCAAGUUUUUCAUUUUGUAUAUUUCUUGGGGAACUCUUAAUUUGAUGCAACACAGAAAGCUUUCUCACCUCCGUCAAAUUUACUUGUCCUCCCAACUCGGAAACUUGUAGCAGAUUUUGAUUUCUCCAUCUGUGGUGACUCUCAACUGUGGUUGGCAGUAGAGCUGUUAGUUUAACUCUAUUUCUAGUAGCAAUCUGAGCAAACAUGGAUGAAAGUAUCAUGGUUGGUAUGGCAGCACGCAGCACUCUCAACCUGCAUGAGCGCUCUGAGUGAGAAGGAAAUCCCUGAGGAAAACUUUAUGAGAGUUAUAACGAUGCGAGAGAGAAUAUGGAUUUUGUGGCUGUACUUUUAUCUCUACUUAGUUUAUAAUCUUUUAUUUGACAUUACUGGGAAUGAAUUUUAGAGGUGCAUGAUUUUAAGAUGCUGGUAUAUCUGCAAAGAGAACUGUGCCAUACCAAAUGAAGAAUUCUAGUGGUGGUCAGUUGGGCUGCACGAAUUUCAUGAUAUUUAGAUAUUGAACUUGCGGUAUAUAGGCAUGCUACAAUAAAAAACCUGUAGGUGUGUGUGUGUGUGUGUGAGCAAGCAGCUUUUCAAAAUAAGAAUAUGUCAGAGCAAGAAUGUUUGCAUUUGAACUGAUAUUUUAUAUUAUAUAAUACGUAAUGCAUUACUAAUGUUAACAUAUUACAAGAAGUUUAACAAAUUAAACCUUGUGGUGUUACCUUUUAUUUACAUGGGGCAAGUUGUUACACGUGAUUUUAUGUUUUAAUUUUAUUCAU